GCCCCGAGUGCGGUCGCUGGGGACGGUGGGGGAGGGGGCGCGGCAGCCCGGCCCGCUCCGGGCGGCUCGGCCCGGAGGAAGGAGGGAGCGGGCGCGCCCAGCCGCUGCUGGACUCCAACUGAGGGGGCGGGGAGAGAGGGGUGGAGCCCCGGGAGUGAGAGGCGAGGGGCCGCGACGACGGGACUCCAUUAGUAGCUCCAGCCGGGACGCUGCGCUUUGCCGGUUAAGGUGGGCGAACCGGACGCCGCUGCCCCGCGAGCCACCGCCUUCGCGCUGUUGCCGCGCGAGCCGCAGGUUGGGAGCGCGAGGGGCGCGCGGAAGGAGCCAUGGCUCUGGACGGGAUAAGGAUGCCAGAUGGCUGCUAUGCGGAUGGGACGUGGGAACUGAGUGUUCAUGUGACGGACCUGAGCCGCGAUGUCACCCUAAGAGUGACUGGAGAGGUGCACAUUGGAGGGGUGAUGCUCAAAUUGGUGGAAAAACUCGAUGUAAAAAAAGAUUGGUCUGACCACGCUCUCUGGUGGGAAAAGAAGAGAACUUGGCUUCUUAAGACUCAUUGGACCUUGGAUAAGUACGGCAUUCAGGCAGAUGCUAAGCUUCAGUUCACCCCCCAGCACAAACUGCUUCGCCUGCAACUUCCCAACAUGAAGUAUGUGAAAGUGAAAGUGAAUUUUUCUGAUAGAGUCUUCAAAGCUGUUUCUGACAUCUGUAAGACUUUUAAUAUAAGACAUCCUGAAGAACUUUCUCUCUUGAAAAAGCCCAGAGAUCCAACAAAGAAAAAAAAGAAAAAGCUGGAUGACCAGUCUGAAGAUGAGGCACUUGAAUUAGAGGGGCCUCUUAUUACUCCUGGGUCAGGCACUGAUGUUCUUUACAUUGGCCCUCUGAAAGGAAGUAUAUAUUCAAGCCCGGGACUUUAUAGUAAAACAAUGACCCCCACAUACGACGCUCAUGAUGGAAGCCCCUUGUCACCGACUUCUGCAUGGUUCGGUGACAGUGCAUUGUCAGAAGGCAACCCUGGUAUACUUGCUGUCAGUCAGCCAAUCACAUCACCAGAAAUCUUGGCAAAAAUGUUCAAGCCUCAGGCUCUUCUUGACAAAGCAAAAAUCAACCAAGGGUGGCUUGAUUCCUCAAGAUCUCUCAUGGAACAAGAUGUGAAGGAAAAUGAGGCCUUGCUACUCCGAUUCAAGUAUUACAGCUUUUUUGAUUUGAAUCCAAAGUAUGAUGCAAUCAGAAUCAAUCAGCUUUAUGAGCAGGCCAAGUGGGCUAUUCUCCUAGAAGAAAUUGAAUGCACAGAAGAAGAAAUGAUGAUGUUUGCAGCCUUGCAGUAUCAUAUCAAUAAGCUGUCGAUCAUGACGUCAGAGAAUCAUUUGAACAACAGUGACAAAGAAGUUGAUGAAGUUGAUGCUGCCCUUUCAGACCUGGAGAUUACUUUGGAAGGGGGUAAAACGUCAACAAUUCUGGGUGACAUCACUUCAAUUCCUGAACUUGCUGACUAUAUUAAAGUUUUCAAGCCAAAAAAGCUGACUCUAAAAGGUUAUAAGCAGUAUUGGUGCACCUUUAAAGAUACAUCUAUUUCUUGCUACAAAAGCAAAGAAGAAUCCAGUGGCACACCAGCUCAUCAGAUGAACCUGAGAGGAUGUGAAGUCACUCCAGAUGUAAACAUUUCAGGCCAAAAAUUUAACAUUAAACUCCUGAUUCCAGUUGCAGAGGGCAUGAAUGAAAUCUGGCUUCGUUGUGACAAUGAAAAACAGUAUGCCCACUGGAUGGCAGCCUGCCGAUUAGCCUCCAAGGGCAAGACCAUGGCGGACAGUUCUUAUAACCUAGAAGUUCAGAAUAUUCUUUCCUUUCUGAAGAUGCAGCAUUUAAAUCCAGAUCCUCAGUUAAUACCAGAGCAGAUCACAACCGAUAUAAAUCCCGAAUGUUUGGUGUCCCCACGCUAUCUAAAAAAGUACAAGAACAAGCAGGAAAAAGGAUGCAAAAAACAGAUGCCAGGCUAUAUAAGAGAUUUGAUAACAGCAAGAAUUUUGGAGGCCCAUCAGAAUGUAGCUCAGAUGAGCCUAAUUGAGGCCAAGAUGAGAUUUAUUCAAGCGUGGCAGUCCUUGCCGGAAUUCGGCAUCACUCACUUCAUUGCAAGGUUCCAAGGGGGCAAAAAAGAAGAACUUAUCGGAAUUGCAUACAACAGACUGAUUAGGAUGGAUGCCAGCACAGGAGAUGCAAUCAAAACAUGGCGUUUCAGUAACAUGAAACAGUGGAAUGUAAAUUGGGAAAUAAAAAUGGUCACUGUGGAGUUUGCGGAUGAAGUGCGGCUGUCCUUCAUUUGUACUGAAGUGGACUGCAAAGUGGUUCAUGAAUUCAUUGGUGGCUACAUAUUUCUCUCAACACGGGCAAAAGACCAAAACGAGAGUCUAGAUGAAGAGAUGUUCUAUAAACUUACCAGUGGUUGGGUGUGAAUAGAAGAACUGUGUAAUGAAACUCCACGGCCAUAACAAUAUUUAACUUUAAAAGCUGUUGUUUCUUAUAUGCUGCUUAAUAAAGUAAGCUUGAAAUUUGUCAUUUUAUCAUGAAAACUUUUUUUGCCUUACCAGACCAGUUAAUAUGUGCACUAACAAGCACGACUAUUACUCUGCUAUUAUGAUACAGUAUAUGAACUUGAAGACGGCACACAUUCCUUAGGGCAAGAUUCGAAAACUGAAGUAGUGGGCAAAUCAGGAACAAAACGUCACUGAUUUAAGCUAGCCAAACUAAGAAACUCAAGCCAUCUAUUUUAUAGCUAUCCAGGGCUUAAACUAUAUGAAGUCUAUUUAUCAUGUUUAAUGCAUGCAUUUUAAUGUAUGUUUAAUUUGAUGUUGUGUUUUUAAAUACAUCCUACUUAACUCUGAUAGACAUUUGAAUCUCCCCACCCCAAUAAAAUAAGGCCUACGAAAGACGCCUCAAUGUUUAAUAAUGUAAUUGUUUUAACCUUGAAGGAAAAUGUUGUUAAUCUGUUAUGCUUGGUUUGUCUGUUUUUGUCCUUGAAUAAGCAUGUAUGUAUAUGGUCUUGUAUUUUUAUUUUUACACUAUAUGUAUUACAACACUUAGUAUUCACCAGCAUAUUCACUGUCUGCCUAAAAUAUGCAACUUUUGCAUUACAAUAUGAAGUAAAGGUCUAUGAAGUAUGCAUUUUGUGUAACUAAUGUACAAACACAAAUUUUAUAAAAUUGUACAGUUUUUAAAAAAAUUACAACUAGCAAACAGCUUAGAUAUGUAGCAUCUUUACAUUAAUUAAAUGCUUUUAAAUGUAUAAUUAAUGUGCAGUUUUAAUAUCUGCUAAAUUAAGAAUGACUUCAAUAUAGUUGUGAUUUGCCACAAUGCCCUUAACUCCACUGCCUGGACUGGCCGUAUCCUAGUCUGCUGCGCUGUUACAAUCCGCAUUGGUGCUAGUCAAAGACUUCCUAGCUCACACAGCCCGUAAGGGUGCCAGGGAGGGGCGGGGUACCAGUAUUGUCCAAUAAUCCAUGGUUUAAAGACUGUAUAAAUGCAUUUUAUUUUAAAUAAAAGCAGAAUCUUUUAUUUAAUGUUUCUUUAUGUACUACUUGUUUUUAUGGUUUACAUAACAUUAACUUUGUAGAAAUGAACUUUUGCCUCCUGGAAGUGCUUUGCCUACAUCUUGUGUUAUGAGAAACAAUUUUCUACUAUUCUAAAAUGUUAAUAGAUAUACUUAAUUAUCUCUGAGAUAUUGGGUUGGCCAAAUGAUUCGUUUGUUUUUUCCCCUGAGAAGAUUCUAGUAGUGCUUACUGGUCAGUCUUUAACUUCAUUUGAAACAGUUUUGUUACUGUAUUGUGACAGGUGUCGUAACAGCUUGCCUUUUUAAAAAAUUGUCAAAAUCGGUGAAUUUUCAUUUAGCCAUAUUAAUAUUAAAGGUGGAGGAAAAUAACAUUUUCAGCAUAUUACGCUUUGUUUCAAGAAAGGUAAAGUGCAAAAAAAAAGAUUGGUGCAGGAUAUGGGGAAGGUGCCGUGACUGAUAGAAUGUCUCUAAAAGUGGUUUGUGAGGUUUUGUGCUGGAGAUUUCUCGCUGGACAACGCCCCACGGUCGGGUGGACCAGUUGAAGUUGAUUAGGGAUUCAAAUUAAGACAUUAAUUGAGAACAAUCAGAAUUCUACCACACAGGAGGUAGCCGAUAUACUAAAAAAUAUCAAAAUCAAUAAAGUUACUGGUGAAAAUGAAAAA